AUGAAAUAUUUUAUUUUCCUUUCAAUCGGUCUGAUAGCAGCAGCAUCAGCUCAAAGAGAAGCACAAUUACCUCAGCCAGAAAUACCUCCAUUUUUGUCCGGUGCACCCAGCCAUGUUGUGAAGCAAUUUUUUGAUCUACUCAAAGCUGAUGAAUCAAAAACUGACCCGCAGACUGAAGCAGAUAUCGAAGCAUUCAUUCGCAGACUUGGUGGCGAUUACCAAACUCGAUUUGAGCAAUUCAAGCAAGAGAUAAAGAAAGAAAAAGCUCAGUAUGAGAAAAUCCAUCAAGCAGCAUUAUUAAAAUUUUCACCAGCAGCAAGAGAAGCUGAUGCCAAGAUGUCUGCUAUUGCCGACAGUACGCAACUGACCAAUCACCAGAAAACGGAACAGAUCAAAGCAAUUAUGGAUUCAUUAAGCGAAGCUGUUCGAAAGGAAAUCUUGGAAGGAUUUAAUUCACAAUAA